UGUACCUAAAAGCUGAAAAUCCUUCCCAAGAUCUCCAUACCUCUUUUUUUCUCUUUCCCUUCCUCUCAUUCUUUUCAAACCCUAACCCUUUUCAGAAGAAGAAGAUCAAGACAGAAGAAAAAUGAUGGUUGAGAAGGAAGAUCUAGGGUUGAGUUUGAGCUUGAGCACUACGGAUAGUCGAAAUCCGUUGCAGUUGAAUCUCAUGCCUUCUUCUGUUUCAUCUUUGUCGCCUUCGCCGUUCAUACUUCAUAAGAACUCCUGGACUGAGGCGUUUACUUCUUCAGAUCGGAACUUAGAAAUCUACAGAGGGGAAACAAGAUCGUUCCUCAAAGGAAUUGAUGUGAACAGAUUGCCAUCAACCGGUGACUGCGAAGAAGAAGCAGGUGUCUCCUCUCCUAAUAGCACAAUCUCGAGCGUGAGCGGAAAGCGAAGCGAGAGGGAUAUAAAUGGAGAAGAGAAUGAGAUGGAGAGAGCAUGUUCUCGUGGAAUGAGUGACGAUGAAGACGGAGACACAUCUAGGAAGAAACUCAGACUUUCCAAGGAUCAAUCCGCUAUUCUCGAAGAGAGCUUCAAAGAACACAACACUCUCAACCCCAAGCAAAAACUAGCUUUGGCGAAGCAAUUGAACCUUCGACCUCGACAAGUGGAAGUUUGGUUCCAGAACAGGAGAGCGAGGACGAAGUUGAAGCAGACAGAGGUGGAUUGUGAGUUCUUGAAGAGAUGCUGUGAGAAUCUAACGGAGGAGAACAGGAGGUUGCAGAAAGAAGUGCAGGAGCUGAGGGCGCUUAAACUUUCCCCUCAGUUCUACAUGCACAUGACCCCACCCACAACACUCACAAUGUGUCCUUCAUGUGAACGCGUUGCCGUCUCAUCGACUUCCUCCGCCUCCGCCUCUGCUGCUGCUGCAUCGGCUCCGCCGUGGACGCCGCUCUCCACAACCCGAUUACUCCGCUCUACCAUCGUCCCAUCCCCACCAACUCAUGGUCUGCCUCUCCCAUCCACCACUGACCCUUCGAUUCCCCUGCUUCUCGAUCGUAAUUAAGUUCCAUUUUAAGGGUAUAUUAUGGUCAUUUCGUAUCCUCAGGUGAUUUGGGAUAUUGUACGGAAGAGGAGGAAGCAGUUUUAUUAGCGCACUCGCUCUUCGACGAAAAAAUUAGGGUCCCUUCUUACGUGUUCUAAUUUUUCCUCUAUGGGGUAUUUGGUUUUAGAGAGAGAGAGAGAGAGAGAGGGUGGGGGUUGUUCAGAAAAGAGGGCUUUUCGGUAAAGGAGGGUGGUGGUGGGAAUGGGAAUGGGAAUGGAAAUGGGAAUGGGAUUGGGAUCUUUUCAAAGGUAAAAAAAUUUCUGUGGAAUUGUAAAGUACUUCCCUAAUAUUAUUCCAUGAUGAUAAUGAAUAGAAUGGUUUCCCUUUUA